AUGGCAUUUGCAGGUACAUCCCAGAAAUGCACAGCGUGCAGCGGUACCGUCUAUCUCAUGGACCGACUUGCAGCUGAUAGCCGCCUGGGAAACUUUAACUCCUUUGAUGGGGUUCUCUACUGCAGGCCUCAUUAUGAUCAGCUCUUCAAGAGAACUGGCAGUCUCGACAAAAGUUUCGAAGGGACACCGAAAAUCGUGAAACCCGAAAAGGUUAUUGAAAAUGAGAAUGCAAGCAAGGUGUUAAGCAAGUUUGGUGGUACAAAGGACAAAUGUGUGGGUUGUAACAAGAUAGUUUACCCCAUUGAGAAGGUGACGGUGAACGGGACUCCAUACCACAAGAGCUGCUUCAAAUGCUGCCAUGGAGGGUGCACCAUAAGCCCAUCAAACUAUAUAGCGCAUGAGGGUAGGCUCUACUGCAAGCACCACCAUAAUCAACUUGUUAAGGCUAAAGGAAAUUAUAGCCAGCUUGAAACUGAAUUAUGAGCAUUUUUCUUUUCUUUCUUUCAGUCCAUACAUCCUUUUUGUAAUCCCUUUUCUUCUUCAUUUGUAUCAUCUUGUCAAAAUCUUGAAGGUUGCUUUUGGUUUUGGGUUCGAUAACUGUUAUUAGUUUGCCUUUCUCAAGUUUCUUGUUAAU